AUGAUGAUGCGCAUUGGUGUGACUGUGCUGAACACAGACAAAAGUAUCCAAACCACAAAGGUUUACCUGGUAGCCAUUCCUGCAGUGAUCCAGGCAGGCUCAGAGGCCAAGCUUUGUGCCAGCCUUCUGCAGCCCAACGAGACCCUUGUCAUGACCGUAUCUCUGAUGGCCGACGGGCAGAACAAGAGACUUCUCCACCAGAGUUCUGACCAAGAGUUUCACCGCUGUUUCCAGUUUCAGGCCCCUCAUGUGAAGAGCGACAAAGUGCAGAACUUUAAGGUGGAGGUUCGAGGGGAAACAUUUCUAUCCACAGAGGAGAGAAGGGUCAUGAUCAAACCCUACAGCCCCAUGACGUUCAUCCAAACGGACAAACCAAUCUACAACCCAGGACAACCGGUGCAUUUUAGAGUCGUCACCUUGGAUACCCAUUUUAGCCCCGUCAAUCAGCUGUACAACAUUGUGGAACUUGAGGAUGUUAAUCACAACCGGAUUGGACAGUGGGUCAACACUACAUCCAGUGGCAGCAUUCUGCAGCUUUCUCACCCCCUGAACUCUGAAGCACCUGUAGGAUCCUAUACCAUUGUAGUGUGGAUUGGUGAAGAGAAAAUCUACCACAACUUCAAGGUAGAACAGUAUGUUUUGCCCAAGUUUGAGAUCCAAAUGAACCUCACGGACAAGAUCAGCGUUGUUCAGGAAGAGUAUGAAGUGAAAGUGUGUGCAAAGUGA